UGUUAUUAUUAUUGCUUUAAAGAAAAAUGGAAUGCGCGAGUUUGUGCCAAUAAACUGGUCGCGAUGAACGGCUAGCCACAACAAACAAACAUCCAAGCACAAGUUUGAAUAUGUUUUUCUUUCUAUUUCUUGCCUUAUCAUAGCACACCGUUGGCUGUACUGACGCUCAUCCGCUCGCCUUUUUUGUUUGCACUAGCUUGACUUUUGUUUAUAAGUGCGCAACAUCCAAGCCUCGAUAUAAUUAUUCAUCCAAACCACGAUUUUCCUAUUCAUUUUCUAAAAUCCAAACUACAUCUCUCAACAAAUGUACUCGACAACAUUCACUGCGUUUGUGGCCGCCGCCGUCUCUCUUGGCAUGGUCCAGACAGCUUCGGGCUACUAUAUCCCAGCUGAAUUCCCUUAUGUCGGAGGAAACGUAAGAGCAGUGUCUAACGGAAAUACCGUCCAAGCGGUAUGGGGCCCAAAUGGAUACGAUGCUGCUAGCUUUGGGCCGGGUUCAACUCGCAUAUGCGGGGGCAGUUUAGCUCCAACGAUGUUUCCGGCAUUGCCUGGAAUAAUUAGACCCGUGGCCUAUUAACAUUUUAUUU